GUCCAGACCAAAACAGCUCAACAUCGGCUUUUAGACCCAACUCAGGGCUACACUCAUUAAAAGAAACAAAAGGAAAUAACUUCAACAAAAAGUAGCACAUAUUUCUGAUUUUAUGAUUUGAGGGACAUGUAAAAAAUACUAUGCUGCAUGAUUUUGUUAUCCUUCAACUUUUCUAAACAUCGUUAUCAGACCAUAAAAUAUAUGUAUGUAUGUACAUCUACCUUUUAAUUACUUCAAAUGUUUUUUGGUAAAAUACUUAAAAAUGUUUGCUCUUAAAAAAGUUUGUAUGAUCAAAUUAAAACCUUCCUAUAAACUAAAUAUUUGACUAAGACAUUUAAAUCAUAUAUCUUAUGUAUACAUUUUUCAUUUUAGAAACAUUGUUUUUACAUAUUUAUCGUGUUUUUUUUUCGAAAAAGGGCUUUAUUUUUAUUUUUUUUAUCAAAGAAAAAGGGCUUUAUUUAUUUAUCGUGUUUUGGUAAGUAAUUAUGUUUGUUCUAAAAACUCUGUGCCAAAAUUUACUUCAAAUGAGAUUUUGACCCGAUCAUUAAGUUCGAGAUUUUGAUUAAUCUUGGUGACACGUUUUCGAAAAAAAAAGCUCGUUAUUUGAUAAUUGAUCAUGUGAGUUGCGAGAUCAAGUUAAUUAAUCUUUUAAUUUUUCUUAAAGAAAAGAAAAAUGUCUACACGUCCCGCUUAGCUAUAUGUCAUUGAGUCUUGACUUAGAAAGUCCACGUCGUGAUGUGAUGUCUUAAUUUGCGAAUCAUAGCUAUUUGCAGUAAUAGGUCCUUACAUUAUACAUUUGUUCCACAUUUCGCCACUCACUUUCAAAGCUUUACACUUUGACCCUUAGCCUCACCGAGUGGACUCGGUAACUCGGUCAACAACGAAUCUUUCCCAGACGAAAAGAAGAGUGCGAAGCUGUGUUAACCUAAAAAUGGCGACUUCGAUGAUCCAGAGGAUGUUCAAGCAAGGCACGAAGAUCGUCGGCGUUGGUCUCAAUUACGCUUCACACGCCAAAGAGCUUGGCAACGCACUCCCAAAGGACCCGAUUGUGUUCUUAAAGCCAACAUCUUCCUACUUGGAAAACGGUGGAACGAUUGAGAUCCCACAUCCUCUGGAUUCACUUCACCAUGAGGUGGAACUCGCUGUAGUGAUUGGGGACAAGGCGAGAGAUGUCCCUGAACGUUUAGCCAUGGAUUACAUCGGAGGAUAUGCGAUUGCUCUUGAUAUGACUGCUAAGGAACACCACGUUUCUGCCAUGGCAUCUGGUCUGCCAUGUACACUUGCUAAAGCACAGGAUACCUUCACUCCCAUCAGCUCUGUUCUACCAAAGGCAAUGGUGGUUGAUCCCAAUAACCUGGAACUCUGGCUUAAGGUUGAUGAUGAGAUAAGACAAAAGGGUUGGACAAAGGAUAUGAUCUACAAGGUCCCAUACCUCAUCAGCUACAUAAGUUCUGUAAUGACCCUUUUCAAAGGAGAUGUCAUCUUGACAGGUACACCAGAAGGUAUAGGACCUGUAAAGAUUGGUCAGAAGAUAACAGCUGGAAUCACCGGUCUUUCUGAAGUUCAGUUUAGUGUCGGUAGGCGUGUAAGGCCAUUGCUGAGCUCCUAGUGUUUGUUUAUUAAUCUUUCUUUAACAGUGAUUUGUUAUUGUAUAAACUUUUAUAAGAGCAUUCAAGUAAUUUUCUCUGGCUAUUUAUCAUUUCCGGUUAACUUAUUGGUCGGUACCAAUGAUGAAUAUUAAUAUUCCA